AUGAAACUUUUUCUCUUUUUCAUCGGCGUUGUUUUCGGCCAAAAGACUGAGUGGUUUAGAAGAUGCGUGAAACCAACAGAUUUUGAUUUGGAUCCAACAAGGUACCUCGGAACGUGGUGGGAGCAGGCCAGCUACUUGCCAGGCUUCGGCGACGAAUCCAAUUCGUGCAUUCGCGCACAGUACAGCGACUAUGAUGGCAAAAGUAUUGCAGUGAACAACAGCUACGUCCGUCCGGAAGGAGACGAACAAGUCUUGGCCUGGGGAACGGGAAUAGGAGAGAUCCCCGAUCCGGAUACACCCAACAGGCUUAUUGUCACGUUUGAUAGUGUUCCUGCCAUUGCUAAUUGGUUUAUUAAACUUCUUGGAACCAAUUAUCAUGUUAUGGACACUGACUAUGACAACUAUGCCAUGGUCAUGAGCUGCACGAACUAUGGAAUCUUCAGAUCAACGUACUUCUGGAUCCUCUCUCGCAACCCGAACUUUCGCAACUUGCCCGAAUUCGAUGCAGUUCUCAACAAGGCAGUUGCUGACUAUGAAAUCAAGAGCAAUUCACUCUUCUACGUCAACACCGUUAACUGCGACUAUGACAGAAUAGCCGACGAAAAUCUGUAA